UAAAGCUGUGCGGAGGUAUCAGCUGACUGAAGAGAACCUGCAGAGGGGAAUAAACACAAUAAUACAUUUAAAAAAAUUUAAAAUUAUAUGUGUUGGCCGCCGUCAGAAAUAUAUAAAAAAGGAUAUGUUCCAAUAGAAUACCGACCAGUGACAGGCCAAAAACAAGCAUGGCAGCAAACAGCCUGGUGCUCCCCAUUGUUCUGUGGGGCCGCAAAGCUCCCACACACUGCAUUUCAACAUUGCUGGUUAUGGAUGACCUGGCGACCAUUGUCACAGGUUGCCAUGAUGGACAGAUCUGCCUCUGGGACCUGACUUCGGAUCUGGAGAUCACUCCUAGAGCUCUUCUCUUUGGUCACACUGCUUCGAUCACCUGUCUGUCGAAGGCGAGCUCUGAAAGGGAUAAACAGUAUAUUGUUAGUGCCUCAGAGAGUGGUGAGAUGUGCCUGUGGGAUGUUAGUGAUGGCCGAUGCAUAGAAUUUACUAAGCUAGCCUGCGCCCAUACUGGAAUACAGUUUUAUCAGUUUACCAUUGGUAACCAGCGAGAAGGAAGGCUGCUGUGUCAUGGACAUUACCCAGAAAUCUUUGUGGUGGAUGCCACCAGCCUGGAGGUCCUUUACUCUCUGGUGUCCAAAAUAUCUCCUGACUGGAUCAGCUCCAUGAGUAUUAUUCGGUCUCACAGGACACAAGAGGAUACAGUUGUUGCCGUGUCUGUGACCGGGAUAUUAAAAGUGUGGAUCAUUACUGCAGAUGUCAGUCGAAUGCAGGACACAGACCCCAUCUUUGAAGAAGAGUCGAAGCCGAUUUAUUGCCAGACCUGUCAGAGCAUUUCAUUCUGUGCUUUUACCCAAAGGUCCUUGUUGGUUGUCUGCUCAAAAUACUUCAGGAUAUUUGAUGCUGGGGACUAUUCUCUGUUAUGCUCAGUGCCCUGUGAAAAUGGACAGGCAUGGACAGGCGGAGACUUUAUUGCAGCUGAUAAGGUUAUUAUAUGGACAGAAGAUGGAUGCAGCUAUAUUUACAAACUCCCUGCCAGCUGUCUCCCAGCCAGCGAAUCUUUCCGCAGUGAUGUCGGAAAGGCUGCUGAGGGCUCCAUCCCACCCUUACUGUACAAUGUGCUGGACAGAAAGGACAAGCAGGUAGAGCAAGGGUUUGUGGGGGAAGCCAUUAUCCAGGUGUCACAUGAGCAUUUCCCUGACCUUGGGAAAGCCUGGGAGCUCUACACUCCUAGUCUGCUGUUCUGCAUCCGGCCUCUAGAGGCACCAUUGCUCAUCUGCCCUCCUGUUACCCGCUUUUUCUAUGGCCGUCGGGAGCCGUUCCAUAAACUCCUGCUGCAGGGUGAUUCUGCUGGAAGACUCUCCAUUUGGAGCAUACCUGAUACCCCACAGCAGCAGCAGAUUGGGUCCAGCAUCGAAGAGCUUGCAGUUACAACAUCAACUAGCCUUCAAGAAGCCUUUGAUACCCUGACCCAUCGCCCAGCUGGCAUCAUUGACCAGCUGAGUGUGCUUCCCGGUGCAGAGGAGCCCCUGAAGGUGACGGCCAGUGUUUAUAUCCCAUCUCAUGGGCGCCUGGUUUGUGGUCGAGAGGAUGGCAGCAUAGUGAUUGUCCCAGCCACUCAGACUGCUAUAGUCCAGCUGCUACAGGGAGAACACAUGCUCAGGAGAGGCUGGCCCCCUCACCGGAUCCUGCGAGGUCACCGAAACAAGGUGACGUGCCUGCUGUAUCCCCACCAGGUCUCUGCACGCUACGAUCAGCGCUGCCUGCUCUCUGGUGGGGUGGACUUUUCUGUCAUUGUCUGGGACAUUUUCACAGGGGAGAUGAAGCACAUAUUCUGUGUCCAUGGGGGGGAGGUCACUCAGCUGCUCAUCCCACCUGAGAACUGCAGUACACGAGUUCAACACUGUGUCUGUUCUGUGGCCAGCGAUCACUCGGUGGGACUCCUGAGCCUGCGUGAGAGGAAGUGCAUCAUGCUUGCGUCUCGUCAUCUUUUCCCAAUUCAAGUGAUAAAGUGGAGGCCCUCAGAUGACUACCUGGUGGUGGGCUGUUCAGAUGGAUCAGUUUAUGUCUGGCAGAUGGAUACUGGUGCGUUGGAUCGCUGUGUAAUGGGCAUCACUGCGGUGGAGAUCCUUAAUGCCUGUGAUGAGGCUGUUCCAGCAGCUGUAGAUUCGCUCAGCCACCCCGCUGUCAACCUUAAACAGGCCAUGACCCGCCGCAGCCUGGCUGCCUUGAAGAACGUGGCUCAUCACAAACUCCAGACCUUCGCUACCAAUCUGCUGGCCUCCGAGGCGUCAGACAAAGGUAAUUUGCCUAAAUACUCGCACAACUCACUGAUGGUGCAGGCAAUGAAGACAAAUCUGAUGGACCCUGACAUGCACGUCCUUUUCUUUGAUGUGGAGGCUGUUAUCAUCCAGCUGUUGACUGAGGAAGCCUCCAGGCCCUGCCCCACUCUGAUUUCUCCCGAGAGCCUGCAGAAGGCCCCAGGCGGUGCUGACAAGGGGGGCUCCUUCCUGGCGGGGAAGCGGGCGGCCGUGCUGCUCAAGCAGGUGAAGGAGACCAUCAAAGAGAAUAUCAAAGAGCACCUGCUGGACGAUGACGAGGAUGAGGAUGACGAGCUGAGGAGGCAGAGGAAGGAAGACGCAAAGUCCAAGUCCCUGACACAACUAGAAUACAACCUCACAAUGGACACUGCCAAGCUCUUCAUGUCCUGCCUCCAUGCCUGGGGGCUUGACAGUGUGCUUGACAAUGUCUGUCUCAACCUCCUAGGCAUGCUGAAGCCCCAUUGCCCGGUCUCCUUCGGUCUGCUCUCCCGAGGAGGCCACAUGUCUCUCAUGCUACCCACUUUCAAGGACUCUGUGGCCAGGAUGGCACUGGGAGCCACUGAUGCAAUGGGCAGGAAGAUGUCUGUGUCUGAGGUGCUGGGAAAAGGCACAUACGGUGUGUCUCGAGCUGUUACCACACAGCACCUCCUCUCUGUAAUCUCCUUAGCCAACACUUUGAUGAGUAUGACCAAUGCAACGUUUGUUGGAGAACAUAUGAAGAAGCCUCCAAUCAGGCCCCCAAAGCCAGGCACCCCAGAGGCAGCUAAAAAGAUGUCCCCACAGGUUUCCAGUACAGCCGUACAAGGACAGAUCAAACAAGCUCCUGCUGCUGCUGCUGCUGCUACUACUGGCCCUGAGGCUGUUCACUCUGGCCUUGCUUUACAUACUUGUCCCUCAGUCAAUGAAGGAUGGAGUCAGCUAGCUGCCAUGCACUGUGUCAUGCUCCCAAAUUUGCUGGGGUUAGACAAAUUCCAACCUCCGCUACUGGAAAUGUUAGCCCGCAGGUGGCAAGAUCGAUGCUUGGAGGUGAGAGAGGCUGCCCAGGCCUUGCUGCUGGCAGAGUUGCGAAGAAUUGAGCAGACAGGACGAAAAGAAACCAUAGACCUUUGGGCACCGUAUCUGCCACAAUACGUUGACAGCGCCAUUUCACCUGGAGCAGCUGCAGAGUCUGUUCAGCCGCCCCCUGUAAUUCCUGAACCUCAGGGGACCGAAAUCAAAGUCCUGGAGGAAGAGACUGACCUCACAGAUGAUGACAUCGCAGCAGGGUGCCUGUCUGGUUUCCUGCCACACAUAAAGAAAAUUUCAUCCUAUGAGGAAAGACGCAAACAAGCAACAGCUAUUGUCCUCCUAGGGGUGAUCGGAGCAGAGUUUGGAGCCGAGAUUGAACCUCCAAAACUUCCGUCUAGGCCUCGCACUGCAUCCCAGGCUCCAGAUGGAUUUGGACUUACCACGGGAGGUUCUAAUUACUCCCUUGCCAGGCAUACAUGCAAGGCGCUCACAUUCCUCCUGCUGCAGCCGCCCAGCCCUAAACUUCCUUCCCAUAGCACCAUACGCCGGACUGCCAUUGAUCUCAUUGGUCGGGGCUUCACAGUCUGGGAGCCCUACAUGGACGUCUCAGCCGUGCUGAUGGGGCUGCUGGAGCUUUGUGCCGACUCUGAAAAGCAACUCUCUAACAUCACAAUGGGCCUGCCUCUCAACCCAGCGGCAGACUCGGCCCGCUCUGCUCGACACGCUCUCUCGCUCAUUGCCACGGCCAGACCACCAGCCUUCAUAACAACCAUCGCCAGGGAGGUUCACAGACAUACUGCCCUGGCAGCUAAUACCCAGUCUCAACAGAACAUGCACACCACCACGCUGGCACGGGCCAAGGCAGAGAUUCUACGAGUGAUUGAAAUCCUGAUUGAAAAGAUGCCCACUGAUGUAGUGGAUUUACUCGUAGAGGUAAUGGACAUCAUAAUGUACUGCCUUGAAGGAUCCUUAGUCAAGAAGAAAGGCCUUCAGGAAUGUUUCCCAGCUAUUUGUAGGUUCUACAUGGUUGGUUAUUGUGAGCGUAGUCACAGGAUAGCAGUCGGGGCUCGCGUUGGCUCUGUGGCACUCUACGAUGUCCGCACUGGAAAAUGUCAGACGAUCCAUGGUCAUAAGGGACCCAUAACAGCAGUGUCAUUUUCUACAGAUGGGCGGUACCUAGCUACAUAUUCAAAUGCAGACAGUCAUAUUUCCUUCUGGCAGAUGAACACAUCAUUAUUGGGGAGCAUUGGCAUGCUGAACUCUGCCCCUCAGCUGCGCUGUAUUAAAACAUACCAGGUCCCUCCAGUCCAACCCGUCUCCCCCGGCUCCCAGAAUGCACUAAAGCUGGCACGACUGAUCUGGACCUCCAACCGCAAUGUCAUCCUGAUGGUCCAUGAUGGCAAGGAGCACCGUUUCAUGGUCUGAGGACCGGGCAAGACCACUAAAUCAUCACAGGAACCACAGCCUGUGGUGCUGGCCGACCAUGUAGUCUGUAAAAGAUCAUUUGCACUGUUUGGUUGUUUACAUCAAGGUUAUCAUUUUUUUAAGGUUAAGUGUAUUUUCAAACCUGUUUUAGAGAGUAAAAGUUGUCUUUUAUAGACCGUUUCAUACAAAUGGUCUUUCGUUCAGAUUUUACUGUAAAUUGGUCUCAAACUUUUUUUUUUUCCUCAUUCCAAAAUAAAGAGGCAAUGAUAAUCAUAGAGAAUAUCAGUGCCCCACCUGCAAAAGAAAAUGGUCAUCAAUAAAGGUACAUGUAAAAAAGCAUAUUAAAUUAUAUAAAACAUCGAGACUGCAUCAUUUAAUCUAGACUCGUCUGUGCUAUGUAAUCUCAAGUUAGGAUUUGUUUGUAUUGUUAAUAGAUGAAUCCUAUCAGUGGCACCAUGGGAAACAAUCCAUUUGUUUAACCACCCAAAGAGCCAGCAAGCUGAGCGUAGAUUGGUUCUUGGUUGUCCAUCUAUUACUGAGGCAGUUGAGCAUUAAUGCAAAAUGUGUAUUUCAAAAGUAAUAUAUAGCCACUCUGUGACCGAUCAGGUAUGAUUAAUCUGCUUUCUUCCAUAUUGUGCAAUACCUUGAGCUGCCUUUCUUCUGCAGCUGCUCGCACUUCAUGUUAGCAAAGGAAGGAAUUAUUUCAUUCUUGGGACACUGACUGAAUGCAGAAAGCUACCGCUUUUAUUUUUUCUUUCUGGGUGUAUAUUAACAGUCAAGCAAGGUUCUGCAAGAAUAUGUUUGCUGUGAGUGUCCCUGUUUUUAGUAAAGUUUCAAGUUUAACAAAAGUUCAGAAAGCCUUAUAACUCCUGAAAGCAAAGCAAACAAUAUUUGUACAUCAUUAUGGCGUUGUUCUAAUUAGCAGAUAGUUAACUGCUUUAAAAACAGAGCUACAUUAAGUUUGCAAUCAUUGAGCAUAGAUAAAUAUUCUGGAAGAAACCAAGGCUCUGCAAUGUAGAUGUCUGGAGCUUGACUUCUUAGCCUUUGUUCUGUGUAAUUGUUGAAUACUAAUUGAGAAUUUAAGAUAUAAUAUCACUUAAAAUAGGCCUAUUCUGUCACUGAAUGCAAAUCAGUGCUUUGCUGUGCUAUAAGCAAGCAUGCUUUCCAUGUAAAGCUGUACUAUUGUGAGGCCGCUUUCUAAAUAAGGUUGAAUAAACUGCCCUUCAGCAAGUUUAUUGUAACUACAGAUGUGUUGUAUAUGUCUUAAGCUCCACCCCUUUUUAAAUUGGUGCUAGAUUCAACACCACCAUUUCCCGAUUAGAAUGCCAUUACUAAUAUUAUGAUCAUAUCACUUCUUGCUCUACAGCUACAACCCAAUGCAAAUUCACCACAUUAACCAAAUGUCAGGCUCCACAGGAAGGAUGGAUAUGUUUUUCUAACCUUUCUGCACCAUCCAGGGGUCAGAACCACAUUGGUUUGUUUAUCCUGUUUUGCAGCUGUGUAUAAAUGAAGGAGGUGGGGAAUGUUGCAGAAGCAACUGAACUUGAGGUCAUAACCUAACAGAAACAAAUAUCACUGUAGCCAUAGAUUGCAUUUGUAAAUAGUGAUUUGGUACAGGAGCUGAACAAUAAAACUGUUUAAAUUAAAAUGGAUAUUCAUGCAAACAAUAUACAUUUUAACAGCUCAAUGACUGGAGAAAUAACCUGAUAAACCAGUGCUAAUCAUAACAGGUUUUGUUUGGUCAGAAUGUACUGUUAUGAUGGCCACAUUCAAUUGCAAAAUUAAUUUUCAACAAAUGAACCAAUAUGAAAAUCCCUAGUCCCGUACAUCAUCUCCACUUUCUUGCAACAUCUCUCAAAAUGCAGUUCUAUACAAAGUUAAUUACAAGCUCUUUGCAUUAUUCCAAACUGAUACUGAAAGGAAAAUCCCCACAGUUGUACUCACACCCUGCACUUUUGCAUUGUCAAUGCUCAGCUCUCCCCACCACAGUCAAAUUUGUAUUGUCACUCCUGUGUAAGCUUUUAGUGUGUUAUUGAUUUAUUAUUACUGUAUUUGGAACUGUCCUUCUUUUAAAUGUAGAUACCUAAGUGGCUUUAUUGUCAAUAUAUUUGUUUGAGAUGUGACAUAACAUGGUAAUACUCAUAUGGUAAUAUACAGUAGUAGCUAUGGAAGACACUCUUCACUGUACAUGGCAAUAGUGUAUGUGUUUGUGUGUAUAUGGGCUAUCUAUGAUUAUACUGAAUAAGUACAGUACUGUAAAUGCUAUGUUACUUUAUGUUGUGUGUACACCUGUGUUCAAAUAAAAUAAAUAUAAAUGAAACAUGUACAAAAUAUUUCACAAUAUUGUGUCCUUCAUGCAACCGGCAUCACAUCUAAUUUCUAAGCAGUCAAUGCACUUUGGGAACAUUCAGCAAAGAGAUACAUAUGGCUAGAAUUUACGAACUGAAAAAAAACGCAAAAGUAAUGAAAAAUCACCCCACAAUCACACUGUGGCAAGCAAGCAGCAGUUGUAUUGCUAAUACAAACAGUGAACCUACAUCCAAAAGUCAAUGUAGCUUAAAGUAAAUAUUAUUAGGCAUGAAAGUUUACUUUUGUUGUGCUUAUCUUUGUUUUGUACAUGUUUCGACUUUUCUUGGAUGUAAUGUUUAGUCUCCUACUUGCUGUUUGAACAUUAAAAUCAUGGUAUAUCUCACUUGCAUCCAAACACCCCACUUUGCUUUACUAGACAUAACAAACUUUGCAGUAAACUGCAUUUUCUUCCUCUCAAGUGAUUUCCUUGUGCACCAAAAAUGUCCCGUGAAAGGUAUGUUCCUUGCAAACCUGAGUGACAUGCAGAGCUUGGCAAAAAGCUUCCUGUUUGACAAGAAAUACCAGCACUAAUACAGUGCCUAUAGAAAGUCUACACCCCCUUGAACUUUUUCACAUUU